UGGCAGGCCAUCCGGACCAGGGGAGCCUGGUGAAACAGCACGGGGCUGCGCAAAAGCAACGAGGCGUUCGAACAUGACCCCAGAAAGCUGAAAUAGAACCACCCUAAGAGACGGGACGAUCAAUUCGAAGCGGGCACAGGCAGCCGAGGUCCGGUCUCGUUUCGACCCUGCUCCAAGAUAUUCCCAUAUAUUGUUGACCAACCCAGACUUGACCCUCGAAUCUCCAUUAUUGUAGCCACAUCGUGUCUCCCCUCAUCUGCUGCAAGCGCAAAACUCCUUCUAACAAAAAGCAAUAAGAUGGAGGCAGCCGAACAUGUCCCUGCCAGCCCUCGGGUCCCAGACCUAGUCGAGCUGCCGUCUGACUUUUGGACGCCGACGCAGUGGAGCGUUUUCCUGGCCCUUGCUGACGCCGUCCUCGCCCCCAUCGUGCCCGAGUCGGAGCUGGAGGACAAGGCAGCCCAGAUCCGCAUGCCCGACGACCAGUUCGCCCAGCUGCUGGAUCGGUUUGAUGCCGCAGUCGCCCGUCCCGGCGGUGACAGUGACAACAACAGCAGCAGCAGCAGCAGCAGCAGCAGCAGCAGCGACGCCAAGGCCCUCGCCCGCGCCGUCCUCAAGGACAGCUUCUCCACCAACCCGGCCCUGGCCGGCCACCUGAGGCGGACCGUCUCGGUCACGGUCCACCACCGCCUCCGGACGCGGAUCGGCGGUCUGCUCGGCGCCCUCUCCACGCGCACCGGCGCCCUCUUCCUGACCGGGCGCUGCAUCCCCUUGCACCUCCAGCCGCUGCACGCGCGCGAGGCCGCCCUGCGGCGCUGGCUCGCCUCGUACCUGCCCGCCAUGCGCGCCUUCGCCAAGAGCGUCGCCGCCCUCGCCCAGAACUCGUGGGUCCAGGCCAGCCCGCUCUUCAAGCAGGCGAGCGGCUACACCGACGUGCCCCACCCCUGGCGGCCCGGCCCGGGCUUUGAGUUUGAGUUUCUCCAGUUCCCACGGCGCGGGCCGACCGAAUCUGAUGCCGAUUCCGAUGCUGCUGCUGCUGCUGCUGCUGCCGCCGAGUCGGAGCCGGUGGUGAUCGAGACGGACGUGGUCAUCGUCGGCUCCGGCUGUGGUGGCGGGGUGUGCGCCAAGGUCCUGGCCGAGGCCGGCCACCGGGUGCUGGUGCUGGAGAAGGGCCACCACCACCCGCCGUCGCAGCUGCCCAUGCCGCAGGAGCAGGGCAGCCGCCUGCUGUUCGAGAACGGCGGGGUGGCGGCCACGACGGACGGCGCCCUCAACGUCGUCGCCGGCUCGACCUGGGGCGGCGGCGGCACCGUCAACUGGAGCGUGUGCCUGCAGACCCAGGACUACGUGCGCCGCGAGUGGGCCCGCGGCGCCCGCGGCGUCCCCUGGUUCGAGUCGGCCGAGUUCCAGGCCUGCCUCGACCGCGUCUGCGACCACGUCGGCGCCCCGCCCGGGUCCGAGGCCGCCGUCCGCCACACGCACCGCGGCCGCGCCCUGCUCGACGGCUGCGCGCGCCUCGGGUGGCGCGCCGCCCCGCUGAGGCAGAACUCGGGCGGCGCCGAGCACUGGUGCGGCCGCUGCACCCUCGGCUGCCACGGCGGCGAGAAGCGCGGCCCCGCCGUCAGCUGGCUGCCCGACGCCGCCAGGGCCGGUGCCGUCUUUGCUGAGGGCUUCCGCGUCGACAGGGUGCUGUUUGGCGGCGACGAGGCCACGGGGGAAAAAGUCGCCACCGGCGUCGUGGGCACCUGGACCUCGCGCGACCCGCAGGGCGGCGUCGCCGGGCCCGUCGAGAGCAGGGUGGUCCGCGAGGUGGUUGUUAAAGCGAAGAAGGUUGUAGUCUCGGCCGGGUCUCUCUGGAGCCCUGUGAUCCUGAAGAAGAGCGGGCUCGAGAACCCAAAUAUUGGCAAGAAUCUCUAUCUUCACCCAUGCAACAUAGUAGGGGCAUACUACGACCAAGAGUUAAAUCCCUGGGAAGGCGGCAUCAUCACGAGCUACUGCAGCGAGUUCGAAGACCUCGACGGCAAGGGGCACGGCGUCAAGCUGGAGGCGACGUGCCAGGUGCCCUACAUGAGCCUGCCGAUGCUGCCCUGGAGGGGGGCGGCCGACUUCAAGCUCGCCGCGGCGCGGUUCGGGCGCAUGGACGCCUACAUCGCGCUGACGCGGGACCGCGACCCGGGCGCCGUGCUCGCCGACCCGGCCACGGGCGAGCCCGUCAUAGACUACCGCCCCUCCGCCUUUGACCGUGCCCACACCCUCGAGGGCGUCGUCGCCCUCUCGCGCAUCUGCCACGCCGCCGGCGCCCGCGAGAUCCGCCCGCUCCUGCCGGGCGUCGAGCCGUUUGUCCGCCGCCCCAAGGAGGUGGCGGCGGCGGCGGCGGCGGCGGCCGAGGCCGAGGAGAAGACGGAUGGCCAAGACGCGGCCUUCGAGGCGUGGGUCGCGGAGCUCCGCAGGGUCGGCAACGCGCCGCCCCUGGCGCCCUUCAGCUCGGCGCACCAGAUGGGCACGUGCCGCAUGGCGCCGCGCGCCGAGGACGGCGUCGUCGACCCCGAGGGCCGCGUCUGGGGCGUCGACGGCCUGUUCGUCGCCGACGCGAGCGUGUUCCCGUCCGCCUCGGGCGUGAACCCCAUGGUGACCAACCUGGCCAUCGCGGAUUGGAUCGCCAGGGGCGUGGACCGGGAGCUGCGGGGGGCAGAGGUAGCGGGGCGUGUGGUUGGCUGAUGUGUACUUGGUAGUAAUAGGGCGUGGCUGCUAAUCUACUGAUAGCGUAGGAGAAGUCAUGUAGGCCUCACUCUCACCGGUUCCGAGUGAGGCUUUUUUUCGGCAUCUGACAGGCCUGACUAUCUGAUGAUGAUAUGCAUCCUAGGGAUAUCAUUGGUCACAGUUCCUCUACCAAGCACCUAGCCCUAUGUAGGAGGCUCAAUAGCUUAAUAUUUGGGGGGCCCCUUUGCAAGGGCAACAAUCCAAUGUACCAACUCGACAUCCCCAAUCAAAG